AUGAAACAGCCAACUUCAAGCACCAAGAUAAAGAGUAUAUCCAACAACAAAAAAAGUGACAAGACGCUGGAGACACUGAACAGAGUUUUAGCCUCUGAACAAAGUUUGAAGAAGACCAAAAAAUCACAAUAUCCAACAAUAUUAGUGUUUUACUACAGGAACCGUAAGAAAAUAAAUUCAAAUCAAAUAGAGAAUGACCAGUCCCGAGACAACUCCAUCAAUCCAAUCCAAGAUGAGGAGGACAAAGACCUAGACCCAUCUGAAGGAUGUUCACAGGAGGCCGAUGACAUCGACUCAUGGGAAGGAUAUUCACAAGAGGAUGAAGACCUCAACUCAUGGGAAGGAUCUUCACAGAAGGACGAAGACCUCAACUCAUGUGAAGGAUCUUCACAGAAGGAAGAAGACCUCGACCCAUGUGAAGGAUCUUCACAGAAGGAAGAAGACCUCGACCCAUGGGAAGGAUCUUCACAGAAGGACGAAGAUCUUGACUCAUGGGAAGGAUCUUCACAGAAGGAAGAAGACCUCGACACAUGGGAAGGAUCUUCACAGAAGGACGAAGAUCUUGACUCAUGGGAAGGAUCUUCACAGAAGGACGAAGAUCUUGACUCAUGGGAAGGAUCUUCACAGAAGGACAAAGACCUCGACCGAUUGGAAGGAUCUUCACAGAAGGACGAAGACCUCAACUCAUGUGAAGGAUUUUCACACAAGGAUGAAGACCUCGACCCAUGGGAAGGAUCUUCACAGAAGGACGAAGACCUCGACUCAUGUGAAGGAUCUUCACAGAAGGACGAAGACCUCGACCCAUGGGAAGGAUCUUCACAGAAGGACGAAGAGCUCGACUCAUAUGAAGGAUCUUCACAGAAGGAUGAAGACCUCGACCCAUGGGAAGGAUCUUCACAGGAGGGUGGGCAGGAUUAG